UUCAUAUUUGCAAUAGAGAUCGAUUUUCACAAUUUUCAAAAAAAAAAAAUAGUUUUUAGAAUGUAAAACUUUGGAAUAUAACUUUGUAAUUUUGGUUGAAGCGCUAUUGAAAGAGUUCAGAUUAACUCUGAUGGAUAAAACAAAUGAGUUUCGACGUAUUGAAAAGGGAAUCAUUCGAAAGGCGGUACUGCUAAUAUUUGUAUUGUUGCUUUGUGAAGUGGAAGGAAGAGACAAUGAUGGUGAAAGACAGAAUUCUUGCCGAACAGUUACAGCUGAUAAGGACAUUCAGAAUCUCAUAGCGUCUGGUCGCAGAGUAGCAGAACCAUGCCCUUGUAUCGAACAGAAAAUUAUGCUAGAUAAUACGUUUGAGAAAACAGAAAAUUGUUACAGACAGUGGUUCUUCCAAGAAGGUGCAAAGCAAAUGUGUUGCUACAGUGAAAAUGGUAACCUGAUAACUGGAGGUUCAGCUGCUGGCUAUCUUCUACUUGAGACAAAGGAAGAAGUCAUUGAAAAAGCUCAUCAAGAUUGUUGCGGAAACGAUUCAACUAUAUACGAAGAGUCAUGCCAAUCAUUCAAUGAAAUCAAUCCACCUGACAAUUGCAGUGCAUAUCUUCCACCGUCAACAGUUAUAUCCUCGGGUGAUCCUAGGAUUGAAACAAUAGAUGGAAAUAGCUAUGAUUUCAAUGGACACGGAGAAUACGUAUUUCUCACUGAUAAUACUAACUUUGAGAUACAAUCUAGGACUGGGUACGUGGUGAAAGGAAAUAAUGAUUCAACGAUAUUUACAGCUUUCGCAUUGUCUGACAAAAAACAUGACGAGCAAAUAGAACUCCACUAUGAUAGAGGUGCAAAUGACAUACGCUUCUACCGAAACGGCAAAUAUAAUGAGAUUUGUAACGCAUCAUCUCUAAAAGGACACGGGAGUCUAUAUCCUUGUGAAGGGCCUAAACAAUACAACUGUUCAAUUCUAGCAGGCGGUGGAAAAAUUAUAGUCCAAAAAUGUGGUUUCGGUGACUAUGCCCAACAGAUAACUUUCAAAACGGAUAAUUUUAUGAGUAUAGAAAUCACCACAAAACACGUUAGUACGAAAAACUUAACUGGGCUUGCAGGACACCAAGAAGACGGUUUCUACGUAAUGCGAAAUAAGUCACGAGUAGCUGUAAAUGCAUCUGCCUCUAAGUUGUUUGAUUUUGCAGAAUCGUGGUCUCUACGAAGCGUGUCAGACAGUAUUUUCAAAUAUAACACGACAGGUGGAAAUUUUACAUCAUAUAACAAACACCAUACUCGUCCAAAAUUCCUUGAAGAUUUGUUGGGAAAUCUGACAGCUCUGUUCGAGAACUUUACGCAUUCAAACAUCUCGAAAUUCAACAACACAUGCAGGGAUUAUUGGAACAAUGAGCCUAACGAGCAGUGUUUGCUCACGAUAGCAAGAACAAGAAAUUACAGUCUUGGAGUAGCAGUAAUGAAAGAAGGAAAUUCAACACGACGCAAGUGGGAAAUACUGCACAACAAAGCUCCAGAAUUUUUGGACGGAUUCCCACAUAAUAUAACUGUACAGUAUAAAAAUGGAUUUAUCUGGUCGAUAAAUAUAACGGACUUCGUCACAGAUGAUCAUACUGAACAUCAAGACCUUAAAUUUGAAGUUCAGACGAAACUGCCGACGUCAGAGUACACAAUUGAGAAUGAUACUGGUAUAUUUACAUGGACAGUUGGCACUGGUUUAAGGUAUAUAGACACAGAUAUCGUAUUCUUCGUUAUAGACGGUUUUAAUGCAAAAGCACAAAGAGCAGUAACUAUCAAUUACUGUGGAUGUGAGGAACCGGAACAAUGCUCUUCUGUCACGUCUAAUUCAAAUUCGACAGAUAAUGUAAAAAAAGCAUCCUGUAAUUGUCCAGAAUAUGCUACCGGAUUGUACUGCGAGAAAAUAAAAGACACAUGUCCAGAUAAUGAAUGCUACCAAAAUGAUUUAUGCAAUGCGACGACCUACCGACUAUUAGACAGCUGGCCAUGUGCUCCAUGUCCGAAUGGAAGACAUCAAGUAAUGACUCUAAAAACAACAAACUUGUGA